AGGAUUGUGAUUGUGACGUACGUGGUUCAUAGUGACGUACGUGUGACGUAUGUGGUUGAUUGUGACGAACAAGUGACGUAUGCAUGUGACGUAAUACUGUCAUAUAUUUCAGGUUAAGGUUAAACUAAGAAGAUGUUGGUUUUAUUUGAAUCACCGUCUGGAUAUGCCAUAUUUAAGAUGCUCGAUGAAUCAAAAGUCGAAGCUGCCGAUGAUUUGAACGAAAUAUUUUCGACUCCCGAGAAUGCGGCGAAUGCGGUAAAGUUGAAACAUUUUAAGAAGUUUGAAGACACGACGGAAGCUUUGGCUGCAACGACAGCGGCUGUUGAAGGCAAAUUAAGCAAAUCUUUGAAGAAAGUUUUGAAAAAGAUUGUUGCGAAAGACGCGCAUGAACGACUUGCGGUCGCUGAUGCGAAACUCGGACAAGCGAUUAAGGAGAAAAUGAAUCUAACGUGCGUGUACAGCCCGGCCACACAGGAGCUGAUGCGAGGAAUACGAGCUCAUGUUGAUAGCUUGAUAUCAGGGUUACCGGAGCGCGACAUGACAGCAAUGGCCCUCGGACUCGCUCAUAGUUUAUCGAGAUAUAAAUUGAAAUUCUCUCCCGACAAAGUCGACACGAUGAUCGUACAAGCAAUUUAUUUAAGGAUAUAUUCAAAAUACUUCACCCCAGCUCUGCUUGACGAUCUUGACAAAGAGUUGAACAAUUACAUCAUGAGGUGUCGGGAGUGGUACGGGUGGCAUUUUCCCGAAGUUGGUAAAGUAGUGACCGACCAUCUCGCAUUUGCGAAAGUUAUUAAGAAGAUGGGGGUUCGUACAAACGCCGAAUCGUGCGACUUAUCCGAUGUUUUGCCCGAAGAAAUUGAAAAAGAGGUUGUUGCCAUGGCACAAAUAUCCAUGGGAACCGAAAUAUCGGAAGAAGACAUUAUGAACAUAACGUACCUUGCAGAUCAGAUAAUAGAAAUCACAGAAUAUCGUGGCCAGUUGUACGAUUACCUGAAGAAUCGGAUGGCGGCGAUCGCUCCGAACCUUACGCUGCUUGUGGGGGAAUUGGUCGGGGCACGCUUGAUCGCACACGCUGGUUCGUUAUUAAACUUGGCGAAACACCCGGCAUCGACGGUUCAAAUCCUCGGGGCUGAGAAAGCUUUGUUUCGUGCGUUGAAAACGAGGAAAGACACGCCCAAAUAUGGUCUUAUAUAUCACGCGUCGCUGGUUGGACAAAGUAAUCCUAAGAAUAAGGGCAAAAUAUCGCGCAUGUUGGCCGCAAAGUGUUCGUUGGCGAUCCGAUACGAUGCAUUAGCCGAGGAGUCAUCCACCGAGAUGGGGAUUGAACAUCGAGCGAAACUUGAGGCUCGGCUUCGUUCCAUGGAUGAGGGAGGGAAGGGAGGUAAAACUACUCACCGACCUGAUAAGUGGACCAAUAAGAGUGAAUUGAAAAUGUACGACAGCGCCCAAGAUUUCACAAUUCCGGCAAAAAAAAGGAAAAUUGAAGAAAUUGACGAAAGUUUAGUUCAAGAAGAACUUGAUACGAGCGGUCUGAUUGUAAGCGACGGAAAUUUACAAACCAAAAAAAAAUCCAAGAAAGACAAAAAAGAGAAAGAAGAAGAAGCCACCCCGUCCAAACCGAAAAAGAAGAAAAUUAAACUUGAAGAAUCGAUUGAGGUUGAAGAAUCAACACCGAAACUAAAGAAGAAGAAGAAGAAAGUGAAGAACGAAGAUUCGAACGGGGUUGAUACCGCCGAAGAAACGCUCGAGCUCGAAUCUACGGAAACCCCCAAAACUAAAAAAUCGAAGAAAAAACAGAAAGAGGCUGAAUUAGCUGGGUCAGAGACUAAAAAGGCAAAAAAGCGAAAAUCGAUCAAACAAGAAGAAUGAAAAAAAUGAUGAAAAAGUUUUUGUUUAGAAUCAUGUUCUGGUGGGAAAUCCCCUUGCGCUAAUAAACUGCCAAGUUUGAAUAAAA